AUGAAAUUUUAUAUAAAUGAUCUUCCAGUUUAUUUUCCAUAUUAAUCUCUUUAUAAGGAAUAACUUGAAUAUAUGAAAGAUCUUAAAUUAAUAUUAGAUAAUUAAGGACAUGGAAUAAUAGAAAUGCCUACAGGAACUGGAAAAACUGUCUGUUUAUUAUCAUUAAUAUCAUCUUAUUUAUUAUAAAAUUAAGGCAAAUUUAAAAAACUAUUAUAUUGUACAAGAACAGUUGUUGAAAUGGAAAAAACAAUAGAAGAAUUAAAAUUUGUAUUAGAAAAUACAAAAAAAUAUAUAUUAGAGGAAAAAAGAGAAUUUAAAUUUUUAUGUACUGCAUUAUCUGCAAGGAGUAAUUUAUGUAUAAAUCCUUUAGUUUAAAAUUAAUAAAAGAAAGAAAAAAUAGAUGAUGAAUGCUUAAAAUUAACUGCUAAAUGGGUAAGGUUUAGAGGAGAAAAAGGAGAAUAAAAAUUAUGUACAUUUUUUGAAAAUUUCGAAGAAAAAAAAGAAGAAAUUGAAUUUAAAGAAGGAAUUUAUAACAUUGAUGAUUUAAAAGAAAUAGGAAAAUAAAAAAAUAUUUGCCCUUAUUUUUUAGCAAGAAAAUUAGUCAAUGAUAGUAAUAUUGUAGUUUAUAAUUAUAUGUAUUUGUUAAGUCCUUAAAUGAAAGAUAUUAUUAAUAAAUCUCUAUAAAAAGAUUGUAUAGUAGUCUUUGAUGAGGCUCAUAAUAUUGAUAAUAUUUGCUUAGAUGUUUUUACUGUAAAUAUUAAUAAAAGAUUAUUAGAUUCAGCUUAUAAAAACGUUGAAUAAUUAGAAUUAAAAAUUGAUAAUAUGAAAAAUUAAAGUUAAUAAAGUUUAGAAAAUGAAUAUAAAUAAUUAUUAAAUGGUUUAAAGAAAAAAAUAUUAUUACAGAAGAAUAAUUUUUAUUUAUUAAUAAAGGGAGUAUUUGAAGAAUUAGCUAAAUAAUCAAUUCCUUUAUAAAUUCGUUUAGCAAAACCUUUUGUCUUAUUUUUAAAGAAAAUAUUAAUGUUUUUAAAAAAUAAACUCAAAGAAAAAAAUUGUAUUAAUUAAGACCCGCCUUAAUUUUUAAGUGAUAUGCAAAUAUAAAAUCACAUAGACUAAACAUCCUUGAAAUUCGCAGAAGAAAGAUUAUCAUAAUUAUUUAUGUCUUUAGAAAUUACUGAUAAUGAUGAAUAUGUAGCUAUUACUACUAUUGCUUAAUUUUCUACUUUAUUAGCUAUGAAUUAGAGAGGAUUUAAAAUAAUAUUCUAACCUUCUCCUUUAGAUGGAUCGUUAAGUGAUCCUUUAUUAACUUUUACAUGUUUAGAUUCAUCGUUAGCAAUAUAAAACGUAUUUAAAGAAUACGCAUCUGUAAUUUUAACAUCAGGAACUAUGUCACCAUUAGAUAUUUAUCCAAAAAUAUUAAAUUUUAAUCCUUUUAUGUUAAAAAGUAUAGAUAUUGAAUUAUCAAGAAACUCUAUUAAUCCAAUAAUUGUAACUAAAGGACUUGAUUUUACUGCUUUAAGUUCAGAAUUCGAAGCAAGAUAAAAUAUGACAGUUACUAGAAGUUUUGGUGCUUUAUUAAUUGAUAUUAGUAAAAUUUGUCCAGAUGGUAUUGUGGCUUUUUUUCCUUCUUACAGAUAUAUGGAAUAAAUAAUAUUUGAAUGGGAUUAAGAUGGUAUUUUAGAUGAAUUAAGAAAAUAUAAGUUAGUAUAUUUCGAAAGCAAAGAUGUUGCCUAAACAUCGUAAAGUCUUUUUCAUUUCAGAAGAGCAUGCGAUUAUGGACGAGGAGCUAUAUUUUUUUCAAUCGCAAGGGGAAAAGUAGCAGAAGGAAUAGAUUUUAAUGAAUAAUAUGGACGAUGUGUUAUAAUGCUAGGUUUCCCAGUCUAAAAUUCUAAUGAUCCUAUUUUAUUAGAAAGAGUAAAAUACCUUACUGAAAAUUUUAAAGUGACAAAAAACGAAUACAUAGAAUUCGAUGCAAUGAGAUAAUGCGCAUAAUGUUUAGGAAGAGUUAUGAGAGGAAAAAACGACUAUGGACUAAUGAUUAUGGCUGAAAAAAGAUUUGCCAGAAGUUUAGUUAAGAAAAAAUUACCAGAAUGGAUUAAAAAAUAAAUAAAAGAUUAUAAUGUAGAUAUUUCUAGUGAAGUUGUCUCUGCCAUUGCAGUGAAUUUUUUUAAAGAAAUGGGUUAAGAAUUUAUUAUGAAUGAUAAAUCUUUUUUUAAUUAAUAAUAAUUAUUAGAAAUGUAAGAUAUAUUAUAAAUAAAAUAAUCUAGUAUCGAUGAAAAUUUAUAAUUGUAAAUUUAAUAUAAUUAAUAAUUGAAUAUUGAUGAAAAAAAUUAGGUAUUUUAAGAAAAAAUUAUUGUAGAUUCUAAUAAUUAAAAUGAAGAAUAAAUUUAUAAAAAUAUAUCAAAAAAAUUUGCAAAAAAAAGAAAAAAAUGA